AUGGUAGUAAGAAGAGUAACAUCUUUACCAGAAGAUUGUUGGGAACAUGUGUUCAAAUUAUUCUUGAACCAGGAAGGUGACCACCAAUUUUUACAAUCUCUUUCAAUGGUUUCAAAGUUGUUUCUCUCCAUGACUAGCCGUUACCGAGUCUCUCUCACAAUUUCUAAUCAAACCCUCCCUUUUCUUCCUCGCCUCCUCCAAAGAUUCACCAACCUCACCUCUCUCAACAUCUCAUGUUUCUCCGGUGAUCGCAACACACUUCUCUAUCAAAUCUCUUGCUUUCCCUUACAACUCAAAUCCCUUAACCUUUCUAACCAUCCCACAAUUCCCAUGAAUGGAUUGCGAGUCUUCUCUCAAAAGAUUACAACUUUGACCUCUCUCAUUUGUUCCAACAUUGGACAUAUCCGUAAAACUGAUUUAUCCUUGAUUGCUAAUUGUUUUCCUUUACUCGAAGAACUUGACCUUAGAACCCCUAAAUUUAUUGAUCUCUACGAGGAUUUUGAAAUAAGAGAUUUUACAUUAGCACUUCCUAAGCUCCGCAAGGUUAAUCUCUCUGGUAUUUACUACAUUAACGACUCAUCGAUUUUUCAUCUUUGCAAGAAUUGUAAGCAUCUUGAAGAGAUUGUAAUGAUUAAAUGUGAAUGCUUAACUCAUACUGGGAUUGCCUUGGCUCUCCGUGAGAGACCAACUUUGAAGUCUUUCGCUAUUACUAUUUUCGAGAAAGUGGAAGGAAUGGUCAUUAGUUUGGAGUUGAUUAAUUCUCUAAGGAGUUUGAAGUGUUUAAGUAAUCUUGAUUUGUCGUUUUCGCGUAUCUCAGAUGAAUUGCUCUCAUCUCUUGCGGCUGAACAUCUUCCUUUAAAGAGAAUCGUCCUUGGACAUUGUAGCAACUAUAGUUAUGCUGGAAUCUUUAACUUGUUAUACCAGUCUCAAUUUUUGCAACAUUUGGAUCUUCAAAAUGCUACAGUUUUGAACGAUUACCGUGCUGCCAAGUUAUCUUCGUUUCUCAUAAAUUUGAAAUCUAUAAACUUUAGUUAUUGUUGGAACCUCACAGAAAAAACAUUGUUUGCACUUGUUAAGAGUUGUCCUUUUUUGGAUGAGAUAAGAAUGGAAUACACAUCUAUAGGAAAAUUGAAUGUAGAAAAGUAUAGUUCUUUGAUGGAUUUUGUUGUAGAGCCUCCAUUGAAAUCUCUCCAUUUAUCUACCAAUCCAUGGUUAAAUGAUGAAAGCAUCAAAACAUUUGCUUCCAUCUUUCCCAAUUUGCAACUACUUGACAUCAGCUCUUGUCGAGCCAUAUCAGACGGUAUUGUGGAGGUUUUAAGGAGAAGCAGUAAAAUUAAGCAUUUGAACUUGACAUCUUGUUCAAAAGUAAACCUACAUGGGAUAAACUUUCAAAUUCCUAAAUUGGAGGUGUUGAAAUUGUCCAUGACAAAAAUUGAUGACGAAACACUCGAUGUGAUCUCAAGGAGUUGUUGUGGGCUAUUACAAUUGGAUUUGAAACAGUGUCUUAAUAUCACAAAGAAAGGGGUCAAACAAAUAGUAGAAAAUUGCAAGCAGCUAAGAGAGAUAAAUUUGCAGUAUUGUAGUAAAAUUGAUGUUGAUUUCUAG